AUGCAGCCCUUUGGUCGCCCGGUUGCGCAGGCAGCCUGGGCUCACGGCCGACGGCUGCUCCUCACGGACCGGGCAGCGUUCCGGCCAAGCGUGGCAGCUACCGCGGAUGCCUUCCAGCCGAACAAGUCCCUGUACUUGCCGUGCGCAGCGCGCGGAGCCAUUGCCUCCCGAUUGCGCCUCUACUCGACGCAGAAGCCUCCAAACGACACAGACAAAGCCCGCAGUAUGGACCCCGACCUAGAUGCUCCGACUCCCGACCCCCUUCCGCACUCACCGGAGCUGCCCUCGAGCAGGGACCGCCGCCGCAGCGACCUCAACCAACAGUUCAGCCAUCUCAUGGACAACCUCCAGUCGCGCGUGCUGACCGCUUCACACACCCUCAACGACAUCACCGGCUACUCGUCCAUCGAGGGCAUCAAGGCCGAGAACGAGGCUCUCGAGGUGCAGCUCGCGGACGCGCAGUCACGUGUGCGCUCCGCGCGCCAGGCCUACAAGACGUCCAAUACCAAGCGCGCCACGACGCAGCGCGAGGUCACGACGCUGCUCGCCCGCAAGGACUCGUGGUCGCCGCACGACCUGGAGCGCUUCACGGAGCUGUACCGUGCCGACCACGUGCUCGAGGGCGAGGUCGCCAGCGCGCAGGAAUCGCUCACCGAGGCCGAGGCCGACGAGCAGAAGCUCAGCCAACGUCUCAACGCGGGCAUCCUCAAGCGCUACCACGAGGAACAGAUCUGGAGCGACAGGAUACGCAGGGCCAGCACCUGGGGUACCUGGGGCCUCAUGGGCAUGAACUUUGUACUGUUUGUAGUGCUGCAGUUUGUCGCCGAGCCCUGGCGGCGGAGGCGACUCGUCAAGGGCGUCGUGGCCGAGGAAAAGGCCGUACUGGAGGAGGUGCGGAAUGAGCUCGAGGCCGUGAAGCUGGGUCUUGCCAAGAAGGACGAGGAGCAGGUUCGCCAGCGAGAGCAAGAACUGGCCGUGGAGCAGUCUGCCACUCUGGCGGCGGAACAGGAAGUCUCUGAUGCCCAAGGCAUGGGGCCCGAGGGUACAUGGCGAGAGAUAUUACUAGACCCGGGACGGUGGCAGACGGCCGUUCGAGACUUGGGUAGCGAGAGGAGGAUAGGCCUGAGGAUGAGGGACGCGUCGGUGUUGGUGUUGGAGGCGGCGCUGGCGGGCGCUGCGAUUGCCGGGAGCAUAGCGCUGCUUCUGGCGCGGGGAGCAUAG